CUGUCACGUGACUUACAUAAGUAAGCUAAUCUAGGCCAAGAAUAGCAGUUUCAUAACGAUAAAGCAUGCUGGCCUAAAACUAUUCCGAUCAACUGAAGACGAGUCUAGAUCUACUCCAGAAGUGUUUCUGUGUGAAAAAUUUAUUUCAAUAUUUCUGAAGGAAGAGGAUUAUUGCUGCAACUUUAAAAUGUCCAAUGAUAUACGGUCACUGGGUAAAUCUGGCAAAAAGUUCACCAACUGGGCCACAACUUACUCCUGUUUACCAGAGCUGUAUUUUGAACCAGAGACUUUGGAAGAAAUUAGAAAAAUCCUGGCUUAUGCUCAAGAGAAAGGGAAGAAAGUGAAAGUUGUGGGCUUUGGGCACUCCCCCUCAGAUAUAGCCUGCACCUCUGACUACAUGAUCAGCUUGAAGAGAUACGAUAAAGUUCUCAAGAUUGAUAAAGAGAAGCUCCAGGUGACUGUACAGGGGGGCUGUCUAGUCAAGACAUUGAACGAACACAUUUUACCUCAACAUGACAUGGCUUUGUCUGUGCAAGGUGCAGUGAGUGAUUUGACUAUUGCUGGAGUUAUCAGCACUGGGACACAUGGCUCUGGAGCUAAUUAUGGAAUUAUAUCAUCCUAUGUUGUGGGGCUUGAACUGAUGAAGGCUUCAGGGGAGAUCAUAACCAUAAAUAAAGAAGUGAAUUCAGAGCUACUCCCAGUUGUGGCCCUUAGUUUAGGUUCCCUAGGUGUGAUAAUCUCUGUGACUAUACAGUGUGAAAAAGCUUUUAGACUCCAGUGCAAGCAGAUACCUAACUCCUUACAGAAUGUGAUAGAAAACCUUGAUGUUUACGUCUCCAGUUCCGAUCACUUUAAAUUCUUCUGGUAUCCCUACACUGACUCUGUGCUGUGUUUCAAUGCAUCCAGGACACUGGAGGAACCUCGUGAGAAGUCCAGUUGGUUCUGGGACAUGGGCAUUGGAUACUAUUUAUUGCAAGUCUUACUGUGGAUCAGCACAUUUUUCCCAAGCCUUGUGCCCAGUAUCAACAGACUUUACUUUAAAUUGUUCUGCUCCAAGUCAACAGAGAGAAUCAACCGAAGUGACAAAAUAUUUAACUUCAAUUGUCUCUUUAAGCAAUACGUCAUGGAGUGGGCGAUACCAAGGGCCAAGGUUGGUGUUGUAUUGUGGGAGCUCAAGGAAUGGAUAGAAACUCACAAGUUUCCUGCUCACUUCCCCAUAGAAGUUAGAUUUGUUAGAGCUGAUGACAUUUAUCUGAGUCCGUGCUACAUGCAAGACUCAUGCUACAUCAACAUAAUCAUGUAUAGGCCGUUUAAUAAAUUGGUAUCUCAUGAAACUUACUGGAAUCAAUAUCAAACUAUUGUUGCGAAACAUGGAGGCAGGCCCCAUUGGGCAAAGGAUCAUAACUUCACUGGCGCUGAAUUUGUGAAACUGUAUCCCAAAUGGAAAGAGUUCUGUGCUGUUAGGGAAAAGUUAGAUCCCAAUGGGAUGUUUUUGAAUUCCAACUUGGAGCGAGUUUUUAACACAAGACAAUUCCUUCCUCGGACAUACCUUUGACCUCACUUCCACCAGUUCAUCCAUCGGUUCGCAUUUACCUGUAAUUUAUUCCAAGAGAAAACUUUGUUUUUAUGACAGAGACUUAAAACAAUCUAUACAAAUAUAUUGGACCAUUUGUUUUAUUGUUAAAAUAUUUCACUUAUGACUGCCAUUUCAUUAUUCUAAUAUGCUGCUGCUUUGAUUUCUAUUCAUAUUAUAUUGUUUAAGGUGGAUAUACUAACCUGACAGAAUGGAUAAUAUCACCUGAUCCUAUUCAUGAUUAUCUUUAUUUCUUAUCAAAAUUUCUGUGGAUUGACUUGACCACUUGGCCUAAAUUCACUAAAACUAUUUGAUUCUUGGAAGAGUCGAAUGUCAUAAUAGUAAUAAUAAUUAAAUUUAUAGAGCGCUGUUAACAAACAUGAUAUAGGCUCAAGGCGCUGCGAUAACAUUGCAAACAUAAACAUGAGCGCUAAAAUGACAAACUAAUCUAAAAAAGUUUUGAACAGAUAGGUCUUAAUGUUCUUCUUGAAUGUAGUGAAACAAGUUGUCUGUCUGAGAUCAAUGGGGAGUGAGUUCCAUCUAAUUUUGGAGAUAAAACUCCUUGAACAUAAGUAUCUCGACCUUGACUUCAAGAAAACAUAAUUUUAUUUUUAUUUGGUUUCAGUAUAUACGAAUAUUUGAAAUCACUUAAAAGCUGAUCAUGACAUUUUAUUACAUAAUCUAACAUUUUCAGGCUUUGCUAUCACUUUCUAAGUGCUGACAUAUUAUAAUAUUGUCACUAGCCUCCCAUAAAUUGAUAAACAUUUGAAUAUACCAUACAUAAGAACAUGGUUAAAAGGUUAUUUCAUGCCAUUCACAACAGUAUGUCAGAUUGAGAAGACAAUAAUCACGUAAUAACGUAAUCAUCUUCUUUUUUGAAGUAACGUCUGUAUUAUAUAAGAUAAGAUAAUAACAUAUGAUUGAUUAGAGUCGAAGGGAAUCUUUUUUUUUCUGUAUCGACUAUACUCCAGUCAGGUUCUUAAAAAGAGAGCUAUCACCAGGACUUAAAGUAAUAUUUUUUUUUUACAAAUCAAAACAAAAAUUAAGAGAACGGGGUUAUAUAAUCAAAAUCCUUUUGAAAGAUUUUAAUUACUUGAAAAACAUAAAAAUAUUUAUUAAAUUUUGGUUCUGCUUAAUAUUUUUUUUUACUUUAUUUUAAACCAGUAAUUAAUAAUUUAUCAAAAUAAAAUACUUGCUAAAAAAUAUUUGGAACAGUCUUCUUUUUUAGAAAUGAUUUAAUGAAAUAAAAGCAUGCACAAACCAGGAUGAAAUCUAGUCGAAUAGAUUGCAAGACAAGUUCAUUGUAAACUUUAAAAAAAAAUUAUUUUCAUGCGAAGUGCACCUACAGCCACAUUUGUUAGUCAACAUUCUAGAAGUUGCUAAAAACAUCACUGACCUUCAUUCAUAUUCAUUAGAAAAAAACUUGGUUUAACUUUGCAUUUUUGUAAUAGUCAAAUACUGCCACAAAAGAAUUAUUUGUUUGUAAGAUGACUUUGCUUUAUAUUGACAUUUUUAUUCAUACAAGGAAACAAUUGUUUCUUAAAAUGGUGUUGACAUAUUUACAUACAAGACAUUCUUUUAUGGUCUUUUACUUUAAAGUCAAAAUUUUACAGUGUUCAAAACUGAGUAUAAAGAAAUUCAUAUACUAUAUAGUAUUUAACAGGUAGUGGAAGCCUGUACUAAUAACUAAUGAUACAGUGGUUUGGGGGGGGGGUAAAUGUGGAGCGACAUUUUAUGGCCAGCAGCAGGGCAUUUUUUUUCACAUGUUGGAUUCACCUUUUUAAAGAUCACUUCUUUUUGUGAUCCGUUAUUUAUAAAGUUUUGUGUUAUUUAUAUGUUAAUAUAUCCUGGUGAAAUUUGUACAAAAUCUCAUCCGUUUUUAUUGACAUCUUGUUUUGUUUUAAAAGCAAUGAUCCACAUAAUGAUUCUAUUUUGUUUACGUUGGAUACCAUGUUGAAAAUAAAAAAUUCUGAGCCAAUUGAUUUUAUUAAGUCACAAUACUGCCAAAGACUAUUUUUUUAAACUCAAUGUUUUGUAUAGCGAGCACAAAUUUUUAAUAAGAAAAUCAGAAGAAAAAAAACAAGACAGUAGAAUAUUAUUAUUAACGGUACCGGUAUUUAUAUAAGUCUUCCUUCUAACAUUACAAUAUGAAACUCUAGUUGAUUUCCAAGAGUGUAUCUGUUUAUAACUGUUGAGCACACAGGCUGUCUAUUGAACUAGUCACUGAUAUGAAGUAUAAUUAUUUUGUGCAAUACACAAGUUGAAUUCUAAUUUCAGAAGUUUCUUUUUCAUAAUUUUUUUUUUUUUAAAUAUAUGCAUAGUAAUAGAUUUUAGUGAAUCAUUGUAAGGGGAAUGUUUUUAGACUUCUGGUUGUUAAGAAAAAAGGUAAUCAAAUAUGAAAUACAGUGGAACCUGCUUAAUUGCACUGCUGCCACACAAGCUCCUCACCUAAUGCAAUAAAGGGGAAAGUGCAAAUAAGUGAAACGCAUUUAUUCAAUCCUGGGGCGGAGUUUUUCUGACAUUAAGCAAAAUGUGGGAUGUGUAAAAACGGCUUGCCUGCCUACCUAGGGGGCUCGAGUUUGCCUGUUGAUCUGAGCUGAGUUGUGCUUGCUUAGUGUCUAAAGGCAGCACAGAAAUCUUCUCCCCCCUUCCCCCCACCAGGCCACAAAAGAGAUUGGACCAUAGUGCACUGAGUAGGCUUAUAACAUAAUUCCAUUAGACAAAACUAAUUUAAAAAAAAAAAAAAAAAGGAGCAGUUAUGUAGUAUGUAAUUAAGGAGCUUCCACUGCAGCAGUCAUUAUCAGACCUUCAGUUUUUUUUUUGUUUAAUUUUCUCUGAGAUCUCAUAUUGACAAAGCAGAUCUAGGAAAACCAAGUCUGUUGAUUAUACAAUGUAUCCAUACAUAUCAUUUAAUGUCAUGUUUCUACUUCAAAAACUGAAUCAAAUAAAGAAAUCUGUGUACAUUGAA